AUGCAAGGGAAUAACAACAGCUCGUAUGUGGGUUUCAACCUGCAAGCUCCGAUUCGGAUCCACGAGACUUUCCCCCUCACAAAUGGUACCAAUCAAGAAACCCAAUGUCUUUCCCUUAGCGACUACAACAAACCCGACCUAAGAGCAAAUUCGGCAAGCGAUGAGGACGAGCCGAGUUUUAAUGAGGAUCCCAAGGGGAAAAAGUCAACCUCUCCAUGGCAACGCGUGAAGUGGACAGAUGCCAAGGUUCGGCUUUUGAUCACGGCCGUCUCGUACAUAAAUGAGGAGAUGGGCCCCGAACACGGACCUAAGAAGAAACUCGCAAACUUGCACAAGAAGGGUAAAUGGAAAUCCGUCUCGAAAGUCAUGGCCGAGCGGGGCCACCUAGUUUCUCCCCAGCAGUGCGAGGAUAAAUUCAACGACCUUAAUAAACGAUACAAGAGGCUGAACGAGAUUUUGGGACGAGGGACUUCGUGUGAGGUAGUUGAGAAUCCCGCGCUUUUGGACUUGAUGGACCAUGUUUCUGAAAAGGCCAAAGAUGAGGUCCGGAAAAUCCUAAGCUCGAAACAUUUGCAUUAUGAGGAGAUGUGCUCCUACCAUAAUGGGAACCGCUUGCACUUGCCUCCCGACCCGGAUUUGCAGCAUUCUUUGAGAUUGUUGGCCCUCAGGAGCCGAGACGAUCACGAUGAGGGCGAGUUGAAACGGCAUUUGAAUGAAGAGAAUGACGAAAUUGACGAUCGAGAAGGGGAAUUCGACGAGCGUGAAGAAAAUCCAGGCAAACGGGUCAAACGAUGCCCGAGGCACGAGGAGUUUAGCUUCAAGAAUUCUCUGGGCCCUUUUAAUCGCGAUGCGGGUGUUAAUAUUUUGGUGCAAAAUGAUAAUGCGUCUGCUGAGGGUAUGAAAGCGAAUCUAAUUUCACAAACGAGCCAGGCGAGUAAUUGGAAUAAGCUUCAGCUGGAGGAGCAGAGGCUGCAUAUAGAGGCCCAGAUGCUGGAAUUAGAGAAACAGAAGUUUAAGUGGCACAGAUUUUGUCGUAAAAAGGAUCGGGAGUUGGAGGUGAUGAGGAUGGAGAUUGAGAGGAUGAAGCUCGAGAACGAGAGGAUGGCUUUGGAAUUAAAGCGGAUGGAGAUGGGUUUGGAUGACAAUUGA